AUGGCAACUCUGACGGCUCCUCUCUCGGGAAACUACUUAAUUUUUGGUGAUAUUAACCUACAUCACUCCAGGUGGCAGCCCUCAAUAGAACGUGGCCCCUCUUAUGGGGCCGUGCAGUUUGUGGAGUGGCCGAAUUCCGUUUCCCUCAUCUUCCUAUCCCCACCUGACAAACCUACCCAUAACCGAGGCAACGUUCUAGACUUGGCAUUUGGUACGAGUCUUACUGUAAAUAACGUUUCCUAUGGCAAUGCUAGACAUCUCGCAGCCACGUCUGAACAUCUGCCACUAAUAGCAACUUUAGGCUGGGCCAACCCUCCAGUCCCUCAAGAGCGGCUCCGACCCGACACAUUGGACCCAACCCUAUUCAGGCAACUCUUGGAACUGGGCUGUAGAGGCCUAGCCCCUCUUCCAGUAUCCCCUUCAAGUGAAGAUCUAGACAAUCAAGCGGAGGUUCUCGUGAAAAUUAUAUACGACACAUGUUGCGGUGCUGCAAAGCGCACUCUAGGUGCCGGACAUGGCAAUCCUUGGUGGAACGAUUCGUGCAAAGAGGCUAGGAAGGGCUACAAGUUAGCUCUGUGGUCUCCGUCCAAUGAAAGUGGUGUUUGUGAUGCCCAAAAGGCCUACAGGAAAACAGUACAAAUAGCAAAAAACAAUUUUUUCAAGACCAAGUUUGAGAGGGCCCACACGGCUAAGGAGAUAUUUGGAGUUACCAAGUGGCAUAAAUCUGCGGGAACUUAUCGUCCACGCUCGCUUAGAGACUCUCGCUUCCCAGAACAACCUCCAGUCCAGAGUCUUGCCGGAAAAAUGGAGGUUCUCAUGCAAGAUCUACUCGCAAACCCCUCAGUAGUUGGUGACAUCCCUAUGGAUUCUCCAACAGUCUCUUCAACCUCACUACCCUUCCCAUCCUCUACCAUCGAGAAAAUCCGAGACUCAAUCCUACGUGCUGGCAACACUUCUCCUGAUGCAGACGGGAUACUGACGGCCAUUAUCCGACGCGCGUGGCCUUUGAUUGAACAACAAGUACUCUCUCUGUUUAACGCGUGCCUUUCGAUUGAGCAACAUCCUGAGUGCUUCCGGAAGGCCAUUCAGGUCAUGAUACAAAAGCCGGACAAGACAGACUAUUCUUCGCCCCGAUCAUACCGCCCAAUCGCACUACUUUCUGUACUUGGCAAAGGAUUAGAGAGAUUUAUUACAAAAAAUGGCUUGGACUGCUGUCCGGCAUAA